GUCCAAGGGUGCCCCAGCAGUAUUCCCCGUUUCGUCACGGCCCAUGCCAGAAUAACUUUCAGUCAGACUGGCGACAUCAGUCUUUACGGCAAGCCAUGCCAUGACCUGGAUAACCUUACGGCCAACGCCAUCCCACCAACGUGCGCUUUUGGUGGUCCUGCCUCGUCUCUUAUUAGCCCUUUGUCAUCCUCCCCAGUACUUACAUCUCUGCUUGUCCCACUCAUCAAAACGGCUUCCCUCCCUCCACUUCGGCAAGCACCUGCCGGCAAUAGCCUGUCUGGUCUUUUCUGCCUAGGAUUCCUCACAGGCCGUACCACGCUUCCCCAUACAGCGUGGAUUUUGAGAACAGACAUUCACUUCUUACCUUGACCCGUCAUGCUUCUCCAACCCUGACUACUGUUGACCUGACAUCAGGUUCUCCAAGGGAGAACAGCGACCCAAUGAUCGCCACUACAUUUUUCCGCGAGGCUGACUUGGCGAGGAGCAGACCAGAUCCUCACCUCCGCUGGCUGCCUCCUGUAAGCGAGAUGACUGCAAGGCGGGAGCCUGAUAUGGCUGCUGCUCCCAGGGAUUGGGACGAGUCAGAACGGCAGUACUGGCAGUCGACCAAGGUUGCUAGACAAAGACAGGAUGCGAGCCUCAGCCAGGAGUACAGCGCGCGCCAAGAAGCCAUCCGAGCCCGCUUGAUAGGCAUGUAUGACCGCAAGUCACAGCUUCAGAAUGAGUUACAGUCCAUCAACGCCAGCAUCGAACUGCAGGAGAAUGAGCAGGAGAGGCUUGCUGCUGAGCACGAAGACAACUGCGUGGGACUGGCUUCCCGGAGGCAACAGGAGGACCGGGCUCAGCACGAAUGGUUUCAACGAGCACGCAGAGAGCACCGGGUCGACAACACUGGCCGACCCAGCAUCCGCCCGCAGUCUAGCGGUCCUCGUCCCGGCUCUGGAGGUAGUGCAGCAAGCACGGCGAGCGGGCCCGCAGCAUGGACGAGCAUCAACGGCGCUCGCACUCGGAAUUCCCACGCACAGGGCUCCGAACCUCCCACGGAUCCGGGCAACCUCCUAAGCAGCGUAUUUCACAACCCCAUGGACGAGACGGAAGCGAACGCGCGGUCCAUGCCCUUUAGGACUAGUAAAGCAACGAAUGACUUGGCUCACGAGCCGUAUCCUUAUGUCACAGACGACUAUGCCAGCCAGAACAAGAAGUUGGCAGAGAGACCACUGAAGCCGAAGCAGCGGCACAGCUUGCCUGGGUUUUCAAGUAUUUCUCAAUCGCCUGGCUCUGCACCUCCCUUAGCCGACGGCUCCGCUGCGGACAUGAAAACUAGAUCUCCGUCCGGCCGGAAAUCCCUUCCUGGACCCAAGUCCUCUGGUACACCCUCCAAGGACACUUUCGAUAUUGACGAUGGCCGUGAAAUCACCAAGACUACUUCAACUUUGCGCGAUGAUGGCACGAUCAUUACUGCUCCGCCAAUGUUUGCCGGCUGCCCGUUACAGAAGAUUGACGAGAAGUCCGAGUAUUGGGACAUUGAAUGGCAAUCACUGGAAUCGAUCAUACAGCCGCAGCUUGACAGAUGGAAAGAAAAGCUUGUCGGUCUGAGACAAACACCAGAUGCUGUGCGCCACACAGUGUUUCUCGCCAACCGUCAAGUCAACCGCGGUCAGGCCGUCAUGGACUUCCUCGCUGACAAGGAAUCCCCCUUUCACCCUUAUCAGUUCGUUGGCAAAGACAUGAUGGCCAAGUUCUACAAAACUUUCAUCAACUACGACACCAUGUUUCGUCUGGUCAAUGUCCACGAAGAACUCAAGAAAUUUGACCUUGAUGUAUCCCCUCUAGAGUGGCUUCGCCAGAGGAUGCACGAGAUCGGGACUGCUCAAGGCGACAAGUUCUCGCUAUCUAAGACGGUCCAUGAUCUAUACCACGACCCCAAACUCAAGUAUCUUCGCGAGAAGCAUGGCUUUGGGAACAUUGGCCGCCCCUCCGGCUACAAACUUGGAGAGAAGGCUCCCGAUCGUGCCCUGAACAAGGGGAAGGCUCGCCGCGAUGCCAUCCUGGGUGAUGGCUCUAUGCGCAGAAGGGGACGCCGGUCGAUCGGGCAGGUUGAUUCGGAGGCUCCUUCUCCAGAACUGGCUUCACAGCAGGCUCACCACACGAAGCUACCUGGUCCUGACCAGAUUGCCGCACAAGCCAUGGCGGCAAUGGACCCAUUGGCGCCCAGACUGCCGAAACGCGCCCGCCUCGACGGCCUUCCCCUCCCCGUGCCCGUGUUGCCUCCUCGAGACCUGGAGGAAGACUUGGAUUUCUCUGGGUACACCUCGACCGAUUCUUUCUCGUCUGGCCGCAUUAUGCAUCUCGAUUGGCGAAUCUAUCAAGUCCGUACUCGCGCCAUGACUACAAGCACAGACGUCACUCAGUACUGGACAUGGAAGAACGACGCGAACAAAUUUGAGCAUCAGGUGCUCCGAGAUGUACAGCCAAAAGUCACAUGGGGUAUAUAUCAGCGACCUCUCAAUUUCAACGUGACUCUGGAUGAGACGAUCGAGAUCCAGUAUGCCAGGGAUUGUCCAAAGAUCGUUGUGGUCACCAAAAGUGAGAAGCGGGGCAACGUGCUGGCUCACUUCAAGAGAGAGCGGACGAAGAAGCGAUUUUUGUCAUUCGCGAAGAAGAAGGGUGUGAAGUUAGUCACGACGAGCCGUGCAAUUAUUCAAGAAAUGUGGGACAGCAUGGAUUCAAGAACCCUUCCAUCCGACGAGUCGGCUCCCUGACGCGUUUGCUUUGAACACUCCGCAUGAACUGUGGUCAGUUAGGCCAGGCGUUUUGGUGUUUUUAUUUUAAAAGUUCGGUAAAGAGAAAGCACCGCAAGGGCCCCCGAUUUGCAGACGCUUAUCUUUGAAAGCGUCUUGUUGUUUUCCAGUUGACCUCUUUCCCCUUUUUUGUCGCUGCUCCUGAUCCACCUUCAGGGUCAUUUGUUUGAUACCCAUGGCUUCCAGGACUUGCGAAAAUGGUUCUGUUGCUUCGUGGCAAAGCGGUCAGAUAUCCCCCCAAGGUGGCACUUAUUGCCCAUGGUAUGGAUGGCGUUUGUAUUUGUUUUCUGUAGAGCAUUUGGUGGCGUUCCCAUUGAGGAAUUGGAAGAUAAGUCGGUUAUGCAAUAGAAUGUCACUUUUGUGCGCGCCCGGGUCCAAAUACUCUCUGCAAGCAACUCUGUCCC